CUUAACAAAUUUAUAGCCAAAAAAAUUAGUCACUAUUUUAAACAUUUUUCCACUUGAAGUUGUAUAAUAUAUAUAUAUAUAUAAUCCUAUAGUUUUCAAACUACAUUUUAAGCAUUAAACGACUAAAUGAUAUGAAUAAAAUUUAUAUUAAAAGUAUUAACUAAAUCGUGGACAAAUUCUUUAUUGUUAUAAAUUUAGACAUUUUAAUUUUUUUUUUUUGUGUGCACCAGACAUUUUAAUUUUAACUGACUAAAAAUUCGAAUUCUUUUCCUUUUUUCAACCGUUGGUCAGCGCUUCGAAUUUCCUUUUUUGAAGUAUCUCAGAAAAGGAAAUUAUGUUAUUCAAUUUUCCUUUUUCCGUGUGUCUGCCACACCGACUUAACUGAACCCCAACUCUAUAUAACACUCUGAAAUCACUUCUCCUUCACCACAGUUUCCUAUUUUUAAUUUUCUUAACGUUCUCUGUUUCCGAACAACGAUUCUGUGUCAAAACCCGAUUGAAAAGAUGGAAACAAAAGAAGAAUUCGUCAAGUUACUCGGCAAAGGUGCUUAUGGUUUUGUUAAUAUCGUCCGCUACAAUAAUCCCGACGACAACUCUUCCUAUCUCUCAGCCGUAAAGAACUCUUACCAAGAAGACUACAACGCUCUCCAACGAGAGUUCCACGUUCUUCUCCAACUCAAGGGAUGUCCCCGGAUCGUCACAUGUUUCGGAGACUCUCUCCAACAAAGUUUCAGCAGAUUCGGGGAGAAACUCCACAAACUACGACUCGAGUUUGCUUCCGAAGGUAGUCUCGACGCUUUCAUGAACAAUUACGCCGACAGAAAGUUGCCGGAACCGUUGAUCAGGGAUUUCACUCGGAUGGUUCUCGAAGGUUUGGUCUCGAUUCACGACCAUGACUACGUUCAUUGCGACAUCAAACCAGACAACAUACUCGUCUUCCCUUCUUCGACGACGGCAUCAUCGUACGAGGUCAAGAUUUGUGAUUUCGGUAACUCGUUAGAGAAAGGAGAGGUUCCUCUGUGUUGGGAAAUUAAUUUCCCGUGGCUUGGGACUGCGAUCUACAUGUCGCCCGAGUCGGUCCGUGACGGCAUCGCCCACGUGUCUCUAGACUUGUGGUCGGUGGGGUGUUUGGUUCUGGAGAUGUACACGGGCGUGAUUCCAUGGGAAGGCCUUGAACUAGAUGAGAUCGCUACUCGUCUCUUCUCUGGUAAAUCUCCAGAUAUACCUGAGACGCUUCCUUCUGAUGCAAAGGACUUUAUCCAAACGUGUUUCUCGAGGAACCCUGAGGAGAGAGGAAGCGCGCAUGAGUUGUUGCUUCAUCCCUUCUUGCCUCGUCCACAAGUGGAAGAAGAGGAUGAGAAGAAAACAGAGGAGAAGACAAGUAGCUCGUUUCUGUCGAACCUGUUCAAGUUGAGAAUCAGACGAAGAGGUUCCAAGAAGAAACUAGCGAAGGAUGAUGUUGCUGUUUCAGACAUGAAGCCUUUGAAGUUGAGGUUUUGGAAGACAAAGACCGUUAAGAGAACUCUGACCAAAGUCUUGGGGUUGAAGAAAUCGACAGACUUCUUUCACUUUAGUGUCCGUUCAUUAAGGUUUAGUACCUACUUUCUAUUCAUGAAGGUCUAGUAUGUCUCUUGUUUAAAGUCUCUGUUUAGUAUAUGUUGUUGUUUCUGUUCAUUAUAAAGUUUAGUAACUCAGGUCUCAAAUCUAAACCAGGUUUCAAAGUUUUACUGCGGUUAAUUUAGCAUUUGAAUAGCAGCUUUCAAAGUUUUACUACUGUAUGUUUCUAACUGUUAAAAAAAUUGUUCUUUUCUCUUGCAAACUCAAGUCUCAAUCUUUUUACUGUGGUAAGCAACCAAAAAGCAUCUUUUAACUCUGGGAAUCCUAGUGCAACCAAAGAGCAUCUUAAAACUGUUAAUGAAGUAGUUCUUUUCUUCAAUCUCAAAUGCUUCUUACUACACAGAGUUCUCUUCUCGGAAAAAUCCAAACCAGCUUUCAAAGUUUUACUGUGGUUAAUUAGCAUCUUUAACUCGGAUAGUCAUAAUAUGCGUGAGAAGAAACGAUUGAUGAAUGCUUACAUUUUCAUCUUCAACAAAACAAACCAAAAUGCAUAAAAGACAGACAAUGUGAAUCAUAAUUUGACGUUGGAACAAGCUCUACGACCUAACAAAAGAGUUCCCUUAUUCAAAAACUAUCAUAUUUACUUUGCUUAUGGUCGAUGUAUGUUUUUCCAUAUACAGAUAUAAAGCCAUGGACUUUUGAGAAACAUCUCAUCAAAUAUUGCUAUCUGUUUCUCCUUAAAGCGUGGAGGCUAGCACAAGAGUUUCACAGACUACCAAGUUAAAGACAACGAAAGGUUCAGCUGUAAAAAGAGUGUCAAUUUCAGAGAAGAGAAGCAAAGCCAAAACCUCCCCACCAGAGGAGAAACACCAGAAUAAUGGUGUGAAGAUUCUCCUUAAAGAUAGCUGUUGCCUUGCGUCGUUAAAAAGAGCACAUAGCUAAUAAAUUACCAUGGAAAGAACGCAUUACUAAACUACUCAACACAAAAGUAUUCACUGUCACGCAACACAAAGGGACUUGCCUUAAAACCAAAACUUUGCAAUUGUUUUUUUUGAUAAAGAAAAACUUUGCAAUUGUUGCUCUAGCCAACCAAUCAUAACCGGAAUCGGCACUCCCCGAACCAAAGCGAAGCAACAAAACCAAGAUUGUUAUUUGUAUGCACUGAGAAAAUUUUGAACAAAGCAAGACACACCAAAGCAGAAGAUGUAGGGAACACCAAAAUCAAAUGUAUAUUUUCGAGGUGCAAAAAUUGUCGUAAAAGAUGAAGAUCCCACUCUUUGGAAUUAUUUUUAAUAACGGAGUGAGAAAAAAUUGAGGUAAUUUUUAAACAAUGAGAUAGGUAAUUCUGGUGGUCGAGCAAGUGAAUUUAUCUAGAACCCAAGACUCACUCUAAAUCCUCGUAUUUAUUUAUUUAACUGUAACAUGUUUUGACUUUGUUAUUUCAGCAUAAACAAAAUUUCUAAUUUCAUCAAAAAUGUAAAUUAUGUAACGAGAUUACAAAUUUUGAUAUUAUGACCAGGUGAUCGUGGUCGAGUGGCAAGGAGAUGGAACUGAUACGCCAACACGUUUCAGGUUCGAUCCACCUGCUGCGCGAAACUAAGUCACAAUUAUCCUGGUCAGCUAACACGGAUAUGAGCCUAUGCUUUAUGGCCUAUUUGAAUAUCUAGAGAGAGAGUCUAUCCGUGGGCUGCACCUCCCCUUGGAGAUUAGUCUGGACCUCUCCAUGGACCUGGGAUACCCCCAAGUUAAUCCAAAAAAAAAAAGAGAUUACAAAUUUUGAUAUUUAAAGAUAGUCAUUUGUCCUAGUUGAUCAGAUCUAUAAACAAACCCAAAAUCCAACUUAGAACAUUUUCAAAAGGAGUCAUAUUUUUAAGGUUGGAAUAACCUCAAAUUGAAGGUUCUAGGGUUGGACAAAAAACCCGAAUCCGAAGAACCAAACCGAACUCCAUCCGAAAAAUAGUAUCGAACCCAAACCGAAAAAUGAUUAAAUAUCCGAAUGGGUUCCAAAUUUUGGUAUCUAGAGAACCGAAACUGAACCCGAUCUGAACCGAAGUAUCUCAGGCACCCGAAAGUAUCCGAAAUAGACUUAUAUA